CGCCCCCUCAAGAGCCUGCAGCAGCCCCGCCCCGCGUCGGGGGCGGGUAGAGACUUCCUAUUGGUCGUCUCUCCGGAAGUGACGGGAUUCGGAGUCUCGUGCACAUUCUGGCAACACCGGGGCCGAGCCCCAGGCGCAGGCCGGGAUGUUCGUCCUGGUGGAGAUGGUGGACACCGUGCGAAUCCCCCCGUGGCAGUUUGAGAGGAAGCUCAACGACUCUAUUGCCGAGGAGCUGAACAAGAAAUUGGCCAACAAGGUCGUGUACAACGUGGGACUCUGCAUCUGUCUGUUUGACAUCACCAAGCUGGAGGAUGCCUAUGUGUUCCCUGGGGAUGGCGCUUCACACACCAAAGUGCAUUUUCGAUACGUGGUGUUCCACCCGUUCCUGGAUGAGAUUUUGAUUGGAAAGAUCAAGGGCUGCAGUCCAGAGGGAGUGCAUGUCUCUCUAGGGUUCUUUGACGACAUUCUCAUCCCCCCGGAGUCACUGCAGCAACCUGCCAAGUUCGAUGAAGCAGAACAGGUGUGGGUGUGGGAGUACGAGACGGAGGAGGGAGCACAUGACCUGUACAUGGACACUGGUGAGGAGAUCCGCUUCCGAGUGGUGGAUGAGAGCUUUGUGGACACGUCCCCCACAGGGCCCAGCUCUGCGGAGGCCACCUCUUCCAGUGAGGAGCUGCCAAAGAAGGAGGCUCCAUACACGCUUGUGGGAUCCAUCAGUGAGCCUGGCCUGGGCCUUCUCUCCUGGUGGACCAGCAACUAGCUCUGGGGUUCAACGGGGACCGUGCCCAUCUGGUAGACCUUACCUCAGCCCUGGGAAAGGUGGUGCAGCUGCUCGUGAAGACAGCAGCUGAGCAGUCGCUGAGUAGUCUGUGUUGCCCCAGGAAGGAUGGGGGCCUGCACUGCUGCCAGUGUGCCCUCCCUCCUCAGUGGCCUGGCCCUAGAAGUCUUCCCAGAGUUAUCCCUGGGAUUUUUUUUUUUUUUUUUUUGCAGUGCUGGGGAGGAUGUAAUGGGGCCUUGCACAUGCCAGACUGCUGGGCAGACUGACCACUGAGCCACACCCCAGCUCUCCAGCCCCACCCUGUGGUUUUCAGUGGUAGCAAUGUUUAAUAAAGCAGUGGCAACAUCAGCAGGGAAGGAUCCUGAUGAUCGGUCCCUGGAUCUGUUUUAAUGGCCAAUGUCAUGAUCUAAGAUCACUGAGUUGCCAAGCUGGGACAUGUCCUACCUCACCCCACAUCCCUUUGAAGAUGAAUUCCCCCACCUACCCACAACCACCAAAUGGCAAUAAGGGGGGGUGGUGGUGUGGGAUUGUGAGAUUCCUGCCACCACAGGCUGGGCCUUGGCUGGCUGAGCUUGGCUCCUAAUAAAGAGAGAGGCCAGCCUGAGGCAGCUGCUUUGGGCUGUGAAGCUACCAACCACUGACUGAGGUGGAAGCAACACGCCCCCUCUGCAUUUGGAAGAUGGGAGGAACCCCCUGCAAUUGGCCAAACAGCUCCUGACCUGAUUUAGGAAGUGAAGGCUGUGGACUUUCCUGGCCCCAGGUAGAGGGGAUGGUGACAUAAUUGUAUCAUCCCCCACAGAAGAGCAGGGAUCCUGGGGCCUGCCACACAGACUGCAGCUAGAGCCAUGUGAUGACCCGAUCUGGGCAGGAGAGUGGCUCUGUCAGGGCCUCCUGUGCACGAGUCCUGUUCUGGCAGUGGGCCUCCAUGGAGCCUUUUUACUCCAGGUCACCAGUGUGUGGAGGUCCUGGGUAGCAUCAGCCCAUGCAACCUCAGGGGGACCCUAUUUUUCACCAAAUCCUCAUGCUAAAGGGGCCAGAACAGUACACACAGUAUAUUCUAGUCAUGACCUUAUCUGCAAGAUGGAUGGGGCUCAUCCCUCAGGGUGAUUAGAGUGAUUUAAGAAGACCAUGCCAGCCAUGCCAUCAGUGCCCAAGGGAGGAGGAAGGUGGGUCCACACUCCAGGAAGUUCUUGCCACCAGGGAAACCAUGGGAGCUGGGGCCAUGCCUGCCUAGCUGGUGCCAGUGGACUAAGGUCAGAGGUGAUGGAGGUCUUUUCUGCCACAGCGCACAUCACAUCUCCAGGUGUGACUGUGGGGUAUCAACUGACAUUGGCUGAAAAAAGCCCUCCCUGAACCCUGAGGUUGGUAAAAACAGCAGAGACCAUCAGUCAUGCAGGAACAGUCAAUGAAUUUGGAUUCUUAUUUUUCUUGCAAGAAAAAAAUGUUCUCUAAAAUCCUUCAGCCACCCAUCAAAUGAUCAGGCAGAAUAAAAACUUCUUUAGGAGGGAGUGUUGUCAUAAAAAAUAAAGGAGUUAGGCCGUGCUGCUCAAGAUUUGAACCAAACUAUAAAGUGGGAAGGCAAGGGCUGGAAAAUGAUUUUAAAAGCUCCCAUCAUGGGUCACUGAGUGGGCUGAGGCGGGAAAGAGCAGGAAGCAUGUCUGGUCACACCAUCCCGGAGUAGGAAGCCAUGAUUGGAUGGACCAGAGUGGCCCUGACGAUGCUCACAGAACUGCACUUGUGACCAGCGAGGUGGGGGCAGGGCAGAGCAGGGCCCUUCCUUACUGCUGGAGCUCCUUCAUCCUGUUCAGAGCGCUGCCGGCACGGAACCACUCAAUCUGGGUCUCGUUGAAGGUGUGGUUCAGGAGGAUGGUCUCCUGGGUCCCGUUGGGGUGCUUGAUGAUGCAUUUCAGGGGCUGCAAUGAGGGAGGCAGGUAUGGGUGGACGCAGUAGGUGUUCCUAGAGGCAUAACCAUUCUGCAUGAGGGGCAGGGAUGGGAAGGCCAAGGGAGAGGCCAGCCUCGGGCAGCUGCUUUGGGCCCUGAGGCCAGCAGGCACACCAAGUCCUAGGCAGCUCUGGGCCUUGAUGACAUCCACAGGGAGCUCCUGGGGCCCAGGGGAUGGCACUGGGGAGGCCCUAGGCUGGCUCCACCUUCAGCUCUGGAGAGGCACUAGAGAACUUGAGGGCCCUUCCAGCUCACUGGAGGAGCUGCAGGUGCCGUGGGAAGGGAAAGAAGGUGGAUGUCCCCACCCUCCUACCCAGAAGGCCCUGGCCUGUCGGCUCUCCUUCCCUGCCCCCUGACCUUGCCAGGGGCAAAGUCCUUCAAGCCCUGAAUGGUCAACUUGUCCACAGGGUGUAUCUUGUUGUAGUCGGCAGGGUCAGCAAAGGUGAGGGGCAACAGACCCUGCUUCUUCAGGUUGGUUUCUGGAAGGCAAAGGCACACUCAGUUAACAGGGUAUCAUCUACCUGGCCCCCAGCCUUACCUCCCUCUUCCCACACAGGGACCCACCAGCCAAGGAAUAUCCUUUCUAAAUAUGGCUGAGACCCUGGCAGACACCUCUGGUCCUACUACUGAGAACAAACACAAUGACUAUAUAGGUACUCAUUAGGGGCACCUGAACAGGUAUGCCUUGGAAGGUCUCUGUGAAGCCUUCUUGGUAGACAUGUUCACAAUGAGAACAGACUUUGACCAUGUGUCCUGGAUGAAAACUGCUCAGGUCUUCAAUUUUGGAAGCAAGACCAGGGAUGGUGUGAAGCGGUGGAUGUUGGAUUUGAGCAAUGUAAACCUGAGAAGGGGCUAAUGGCUGGCUCCACUGUAGCCAUGGACACAAGCUGGGAGGUAGGCACUUGGCUCCAGGCCCAGGUAGGCUGCUGGCAGGGUGGGUGACCUUGGGCUGUGAGUGAAGGGCAGCAGGUAUGGCUGGGUGUGGGCUCCCACUCACCAUGGAUCCUAGCGAAGCUCUUGGUGAUGAUGGCCCGGCCCCCAAGGUGGCGAGGCUCCAGUGCUGCAUGCUCCCGACUGGAGCCCUCACCAUAGUUCUCGUCUCCAAUCACCACCCACCUGAUGCCGUGUUUCUGCCAGGCAAGGGGAGUAUGUGAGGCAGAGGAAGGCAUGCACCACCCUCUAGCCCCUGGGCAUACUGAGGCCUCUGGGGGAAGGGACUGGAGGGGCCCUUCCUCUUCGGCUCUGAAGGGCAGCCAAAGUCAGGGUGAACUGGGCCCAACUAGGCCCUGAGGGGGAAGAAGCAGGUGGACAUGAGCCCUGCCUGCCUGGCUACAGUGAGCACAGGAGUCACAACACUGGGGCUCAGUGCAGAGGCAGAAUGAAUGGAGGCCAGAGUGGGGCAGAGCUGUGGUUACACAGUGGGGGCCGGAGACAAGGUUCUUGCAUACCUGGUGGUGUGGGCUCUGGGGUAGAGCAAGCACCCACUCUGCCCUGCCCAGCCACCAAGGGCUGCCUGGAGAUCCUGACAGGCCAAGACUUGGGACUAGCCUUGGUUCUGUUCAUUUCUCAAAGCAGAAAGAGUAGAAAGCAGACUCUGGCUCUGCCUCUAGCCCUGGCAGCCCCGUGGUUCCUCUAGCCUUGUCCCCAUAUUCCUUGCACCCUGGCUUCUGGGCCAACCAGGCCAGCCUGGCCAGGGACCUCACUUCCUAUUCCCUGUAAGGCCUUGUAAGGCUCCUUCUUCUCUGAGCCCCAGUAUCCCUCUGACUUCCUAAGGCAGUUUCCUCCAACACUGGGUCAAAUACCUGCCAACAGUGCUCCUCUCACUAAUGGCUCCCGGGCAGGGCCUCCUGGGUGUGUGUACCCAGCUCGCCCAUCUGAGCUAAGCCACAUUCCUUCCCUGCUACAGGGAAGGUGGCAAUUCCCUCUGGGGGUGUGGCUGCCCCCCCCCCCCCGUUUCUAUUCCCCAUGUCCUCCCCAUGCCUGCCCUGCAGGCCCUCAGGAAAAGUGGUCACCAGCACUGUCCUCAUUGACUCUGCCCUACCUUGUAGUAGCGGGCAGUGUCAGGGACAGGGCCAAACUCCUGGGUGACAGCGUUGCGUACAGAGUUGGCUUUGCCAUUUUCAAUGUUGAUGGCACCAAUGAGCAAGUUGUUAGAGAUGUUGUCCAGGUGCCCACGGAACUUGAGCCAGGGGCCUGCAGCUGAGAUGUGGUCUGUGGUACACUUCCCUUUGACCUUGGAUGUGUGCAGAGGGGACAUAGGUCAGGAUGGAGCGCAUGAAUGGUAAAGGAAAGAAGAAGCCCUCCAGCGGCAGGCAGCAGGCAGGUCCAUGUGCCCAGGGCUCAGUAGUGACCAGGGAAGCAUGUCAGUUUCUGGACGCGUGGUCUAUAGUCCUGGUGCUGCCAGGCUCAGGCAAGACAAUCAACCACCCGCUCAAUAACUUCUCCGUCCCCAGGACAGGAUACUCCCUCAUGGGUCAGCCACUUAAAAGGAGGUCAGGUGUAUCUGCUCACUUCCACUCCAGGCCUAGACCCUCAACUAAGAACUGUCCAGGGUGGAAGAUUAAACAGACUUCAUGUUAGCCACAGAGGAGCCUGGGACACUGGAUCCUGGCUGGUGGCGGAUCAGACUCAGGUCACGUGGGCUUAAUAAUAACGGCUGUGUCCACAGGGCACAAGACCCCUUAGUAAACACAUAAAUUAAUAUCAGACAUGGGUUUGAGGUCCCUGGCCACACGUAAAGGCUCAGUUCAGUUUCCAAACACAGACCAUACCCACUAGUGCUCAACGGGGGUUAGGAGGAAUCCACAGCUUCAGGAGCCUGUUCAGUGAAGCCAGAGGUGUGGAAACCCACUGUACAGUCACAUAUGUCCAGUGACUGAGAGCCCUGGACAGCAGCUAGCCAGAUGCAGCUCUACUCAGCUUGGGGCCAUGGAGAAGGGGAAGCCCCAGCUGCAAUGCCCUCCCUCCCUCUGCAGUGAUCUCCCUUCCUGUCCCACCUUCAUCUUGACCACCCACCCUUGCUCCCAAUGGGUUCCUAACCUUUUCUGAUGCUCAGGGAACUGGGGGCCCAGCAGUUCUGCCCCAUCCUCUUGUUGCUGACCUUGAUAAGGAUCUGUAGGUCCUCUAGGUCUUUGCCAUCCCACUUGUCGAAAGGCUCCAGGAGCUGCAGGCGCUGGCUAGUAGGACUCACAUCUACCCGCUGCCCACUGCUGUCCUUGGGGGGAUGCUGGUAGGUGUCCUGUCCUGGGUCAAACUCCUACAGCAGGGGACAGAGAAUGUUGGGUGCUGAAUCUUCAUUCCCCGAGCAGGCAGGCUUUCCUGUGCCCCAAGUCACUUCCUCCCGGGGAAUGUAGCCGCUUCACUUUCACUAACAUUGUAACUCCUGCCUGCCCAAGACGGGCCAGCCUCAGAUUCUCAGAUGCUGGGAAGUAUCCUGGCAUAGCAACCAGCAGUGGCUCUGAGACACCCAGGCCAAAGCAGGCCCUCAGAGACUGACAAUAGGGUGACAGCGCCUGCUCACCGCUCGGGGCAGCUCAUCUGCAUCUGGAGCCUCCAGCUUGACUUCUUGCCAUCCUUGCCUGUCAGGAAAUCAGUUUCUGGGUUGAACUUGAGGGUCCCUGCAAUGGCCAAAGCUGUGACAAUCUGAAAUGGAACAAGCCAGUUUGCUGAUUAGCAUAACCAUCACACCCUCCUCAUCCCAGCUGAAGCCUAGACCAAGCUGAGAACAAAAACCAGGAAAUGUCCAUGUUCAUCCCAGGCUCCAUUUCUCAGAGACCAGAACUAUAGAACUGUCUUUGGGAUCACAGACCAUUGUGCUGCAGAGGACUCGGGAAUCCAAGGGCCAUCUGGCCUUACCCCUGCUGCUGAGACCUGAGCUCAGCAUUCUCCCACAUGCCAGGCAGGAACUACUGUGGUAUUCUCCGGUUUCCCGUAGGCUUCCUGGACAGACAAGGAGAAGCCCCAGCACAGAAAUUCUGCAAUGAUGAAAAUGCUCCUAGGUGGGCAGCACAUGGAAAGUGGAAGAGCCAUGCCCUCCCUUGCAAAGAAGCACAAACGUUCUGGAACAUUCAUGCAAAAAAGAGAAAGGCCAUGUGCCAGUGAUGACUGAGGCAGGGUAAGCUGCCUGGGCCACUUCAGCUUACCCAGUGCCUACCAUAAUGGCAAGGCCUAACUUUUAUUAGGAAAAUUGGUGUCGGGGUUUCGGCCGGACCCCUGGCCCUAGGUGUGGCAAGGCUAAGAUGGCGCUUGGAAAUUUGUCCAGAAAUUGGAGCUGGCGUGGUGGCAUGCACCUUUAGUCCCAGCUACUUAGGAGGCUGAGGCAGAAGGAUCACUUAGCCCAACAACUCAAGGGCAGACUGGGCAACAUAGUAAGCAAAACAGAAGACCCUGUCUCAAAAAAAGAAAAGGAAAAAGGAACUGCAAACCAGAACUCCACAUAUGUUCUCAUGUAACCCUGAUACAAUUCUGGGGCUCAGGGAAGGUAAGUGACUUGACAAAGCUUGUAUAGCUAUUAAACUAGAGAAAGGCUGGGGCUUGUCCCAAUGAGUGAGAUUCCAUCUUUAGUGCUCAUAAACACAUCUCAUAAUCCUCUGACUCGAGGGAGAUCCAGGCUGGAAGUGCCCAGGAAGCACAAUGCUUGAGGGCUCAGGAGGCCAUGGCACUUGGUCCCAUUCAGAAAAUCCCUUGCCCUGCAAUGCCACCCUCCUCAGCAGCCCUGCAGAGGGGCUCUCAACCAAAACCCCACCUUCUCACUGACCACCAGGCUAGAGCCUGGCCAGGUAAUCCUACCUCUGGGGAUGUGACAAAAGCAUGGGUCUCAGGGUUUGCAUCAUUACGGCCUGUGAAAUUCCUGUUGUAGGAAGUGACAAUUGUGUUCUUCUCUCCCUUCUUGAUGUCCUUCCUGCCAGGUCAAAAGGGAUAGGAUUAGGGAUAUAUGUGUCAUCUGUCCUGUCCUGAGGUCAGAUGGGCUGGGUUCCUAUGGCACAUGCCUUGCUCAUGACCCAGGAGAGAAUCUGAAUUGCUAGGCCUUGUCUGAGACCACACAAGAGACAGGCAGAGCCCAGGUGCAGGCCUGAGUCUCCUGACCAGGCAGCUGCCUCCUCACACCCCUGAGUCCCUGGCUGUGCCCAUGAGAAUGGGGCCUUGCUGGCCUCAUCCUGCCAGCCCAGGUUUCAGCCAUGCUGCAGGCUCUGCAUCCCUAUGCCUGGCUGUCUUCUACUGUGCAGCAAGCAGCCUCUUGAACCAGAGGCCUCUGACUUGAGUCUCUUCUCUCCACCCCAACAAUGUCUCCCCUCAACUUGUGGGGAUGCAUACCCCAGUAUACAGGGGCUAUCCUAUCAAAAUUGUGCCCCUUACCUGUCCCACUGGCCAAUACAAGGGCCACAUGCAUUGGCCAGGACGAUGCCACCCACAUCCCUCAGAAUCUGUGCCUGGGGAGAGAGAAGAUAGGGAACUGUCAGAAGCAGGCAACUGGCUGAUGGGAAAGGGCAGGUGAGUGGCUUGCAGGAUGAAGAACUAUACUGGAACCCUAGGGCAGCCACUGGGACCUACACCAGCACUGAUCCAACAGGCUGUGGCUUGUCCCACUUGCAGGUGCAAGGGGCAGAGGUAGAUGGGUACUCACAUAGCCAUCCCGUUCAAUGGUGGCACGGAUCUGUUCAGAGCCUGGUGUGAUGGUGAACUGGGACUUGCACUUGAGUCCAUGGGCCAAUGCCUGCUUGGCCACAGCUGCUGAGCGCCCCAUGUCCUCAUAGCUUGAAUUGGUGCAGCUACCAAUCAGACCUGGUGCAUUGUGAAUGGUACAGUCAAGGGUCAGGAGGAGAUAAGUGACCAGAGACCUCUACACAUCCUUAAACUAUUCAGACUUGGUCCCAUGAGUUCACCAACUGGGCUGACUGACACUGUUUUUAACAGAGGUAAGUAGGAAGAACCUAAGUAUCCAGCAGUUAAGGGCAGGCUCCUGACAGUCAUUCCAGGGAAGACUCCGGAGCCACUGACCAUGACACUGAACACAGGUUGAGAGUGUUAACUCUUUUUACACCAAUCUCAUAUGCAUGUGUACAUAUACCAGAAGGCUUAUACUAAUAGAAACACAUCAACUGAAGUACUGCUGGGUAGGGGCUAAGUGAGGCUAAUUUUUUUUCCCCUUAUAUUUUCCAGUUCUUGUUUUGUUUUUGCAGUGCUAGGAUGGAACCCAGGACCUUGCACACACUUGGUAAGCACUCUACCACUGAGUUACAUUCCCAGCGCUUUUUAUUUUGAGAUAGGGUCUCACUAAGUUGCUGAAACUGGCCUCAAUCUUUAGCUGGAAUUACAGUUAUGUACCAUAGGGCCGGUCUUAUUUUCUGUUUUCUUUAUUGCUUUAUAAUCCAGGUAACAAGAGAUGUCUUUAAAAAGUUUGUCAGUUACUCAGAAACUCAGUAAAAACUGAACAACACUGCAUGGUCUACAGAUAUCAAGACAGUCUCUCUUACCAAUGUGGCAAUUUAUUUUCUUUCCUUUUUUUUUUUAAAUUUAUUUUUAUUGUAAACAAAUGGGAUACAUGUUGUUUCUCUGUACAUGAAGUA